AAAAAAAAAAAAAAAAAGAAUGAUAUCAGUUGUGGGUGUUUUGUAGAUACUAUUUUUUAUCAGGUUGAGAAAUUUCCUUUCUAGUCCUAGUUUGUUAAGUGUUGUUAUCAUGAAGAAAUGUCUUAGAUUUUGUCAAAUGCUUUCUCUGCAUCUACUGAGAUGAUCAUGUGGUUUUUGUCCUUUAUUUUGUUGAUAUGGUAUAUAACUAAUUUUUGGAUAUUAAAUUAACAGUUGGUUUGCUUUUUUUUUGAGAUUUUUUUUUUUUUUUUUUUUUUUUUUUGCGGUACGCGGGCCUCUCAGUGUUGUGGCCUCUCCCGUUGCGGAGCACAGGCUCCGGACGCACAGGCUCAGCGGCCAUGGCUCACGGGCCUAGCCGCUCCGCGGCAUGUGGGAUCAUUCCCGGACCGGGGCACGAACCCGUGUCCCCUGCAUUGGCAGGCAGACUCUCAACCACUGCGCCACAAGGGAAGCCCAUUUUUUGAGAAUUUUUGCAUCUAUAUUUUAAGGAAUUAGUCUGUUCUUGUGAUGUCUUCCUUUUUUUUUUUUUUUCCACAGAGCAAUGCUAGCUUCAUAGAAUUAGUUGAGAUGUGUUCCCUCCUUUUCUAAAUUUUACAAGUUAACAUUUAAGGAAGUUAACAUUUAACACCAAUCCUGGAAGUUCUAGCCUGAAAAAUCAGACAAGAAAAAUAAAUAAAAGGCAUCCAAAUCAGAAAAGAAAGUCUCUGUUUGCAGAUGACAGGAUCUUAUAUCCAGAAAAUCCCAAAGAAUCCACAAGAAAACUACUACAACUAAUAAAUGAGUUCAGCAAAGUUGCAGGGUAGAAGCUCAACCCACAAAAAUCAGUUGUGCUUCUACAUACCAUCAAUGAACAAUCAGAAAAUGAAAUGAAGAUAAUUCUCUCUACAAUAGCAUCCAAAACAAACCAAAAAACCAUAGGAAUAGAUUUAACCAAGGAAGUGAAAGAGUUGUAUAAGAAAAAUGAAAAAGCAUUGUUUAAAGAAAUUAAAGAAGAUGUAAAUAAAUGUAAUGACACCCCAUGUUCAUGUAUUGGAAGACUCACUAUUGCUAAGAUGGCUAUGCUACCCAAUGCAAACUGCAGAUUCAAUGCAAUCCCUAUCAAGAUUCCAAUGGCCUUUUCUGCAGAAAUGGUACGGCUGCUCCUUAAAUCCAUAUGGCAUUGCAAGGGGCACUGAAUAACCAAAACAAUAUUGAAAAAGAACAAAGUUGGAGGACUCACAUUUUCCAAUUUCAAAAUUUUCUAUAAAGCUAUAGUUAUCAAAACAGUGUGGUGCUGGCAUAAGGAUAAUACAGAUAGGACAAUGGAAUAGAAUAGAAAACCCAGAAAUAAACUCUAUGUCUAUGGCCAAUUGAUUUUCAACACAGAUGCCAGACCCUCAGUGGGUAAAGAAUAGUUUCUUUAACAAAUGGUUCAGGGACAACUGAACAUCCACGUGCGAAAGAAUGAAGUUGGAGCCCUACCUCACACCAUAAGCAAAGAUUAACUCAAAAUAGAUCAACAAUCUAAAUAUAACAGCUAAAAUCAUAAAACUCUUAGAAGAAAACAGGGGUAAAUUUUCAUGACCUUGGAUUUGGCAGUGGAUUUUAGAAAUGACACCAGAAGCAGAAACAACAAAAGAAAACAUAGAUAAACUGGACUUCAUCAAAAUAAAAGACUUCUGGGUUUCCCUGGUGGCACAGUGGUUGAGAGUCCGCCUGCCGAUGCAGGGGACACGGGUUCAUGCCCCGGUCCGGGAAGAUCCCACAUGCCACGGAGCGGCUGGGACCGUGAGCCAUGGCCGCUGAGCCUGUGCGUCCGGAGCCUGUGCUCCGCAAUGGGAGAGGCCACAGCAGUGAGAGGCCUGAAUCCCGCAAAAUAAAUAAAGACUUUUGUGCAUCAAAGGUCAUUACCAAUAAAGUGAAAAGACAACCUACAAUGGGACAAAAUAUUUGAAAAUCAUAUAUCUGAUAAGGGUCUACUAUCCAGAAUACAUAAAGAAUUCUUACAACUGAACAGCAAAAUUUUUUAACCCAAUUAAAAAAUGGGCAAGGUGGGACUUCCCUGGUGAUCCAGGGGUUAAGAAUCUGCCUUCCAAUGUGGGGGCCAUGGGUUCAAUCCCUGGUCUGGGAACUAAGAUCCCGCAUACCACGAGGCAACUAAGCCUGCAUGCUCUAGGGCUCACAUGCCACAACUAGAGAGCCUGUGCGCUGCAACUACUGAGCCUGUGCUCUAACUAGAGAGGAGCCUGCAUGCCACAACUAGAGAGAAGCCCACGUGCUGCAACGAAGGGCCCGGGUGCCACAACGAAAGAUCCUGCAACUAAGACCCGAUGCAGCCAAAUAAAUAAAUAUUUUUUAAAUGGGCAAGGGACUUGAAUAGACAUUAAUCCAAAUAAAUUAUAUAAUUUCACCCACUAGGAUGGCCAUAAGUGAGUGGAAAAUAACAAGUGUUGAAAAGGGUGUAUAGAAACUGGAAUCCUUGUAUAUUGCUAACUGGAAUGUAAAAUGGUUCAGCUGCUUGGGAGACAUUUUGAUGGUUCUUCAAAAAGUUAAACACAAAAUUACCAUAUGACCCAGAAAUUCCACUCCUAGGCAUAUACACCAAAGAAUUGACAAUAGUUGUUCAAAUACUUGUACCCGGAUGCUCAUAGCAGCACUAGUUACAAUAGCCAAAAUAUAAAAUAUAAAAGCUCAAAUGUCUAUCAGUGGAUGAACAGAUAAAUUGUGGAAUGUCCAUACAGUGCAAUAUUGGUCUGCCGUAAAAGGGAGUGGAGUACUGACACAAGCUACAACCCCGAUGGAUUGAAAACAUUACGCUAAGUGAAAGAAGUCAGACACAAAAAGGCAAAUAUUCUACGAUUCCAUUAGUUGAAAUAUCCAAAGUAGAUAAAUCCACAGAGAGAAGGUAGAUUGGUGGUUGCCAGUAUGUGCGAGGAGCAGGGGGACGGGAAGUUCUUGAUGGGCAUGGGGUUUUACCUGGUGAUGAUUAGAAUGUUUUGGAAGUAGAUGAUGGUGGUUGCACAACAUUGUGAGUGUACUAAACUUCAGUGAAUUGUUCAUUAAAACGGCUAAUUAAAUGCUAUGUGAAUUUCACCUCAAAAAUGUGUAAAACAUUUAUCAUUUUGUGAAAUGGUACGAUGUCUGGGAUUUGGUCCAAAAUAAUGAGGUGAGGGUAGAGGUACAAAAAGUAAAAACAAAAACAUGUUUCCUCCGAGCUGUAUAGGAAACAAAACAAGAGACGGAAAUGGGUAGAAGCCUAGAGUGCGGAAAUCCAGGUGAGAAACGCGGCGGGGCGCUUUGUGUGGGGGGGAAGGGGCUAGAACCCAACAGCCCUGACGUGGAUCUGUAGACAAAAGCAAGAGGACUGUUAGGGCAAAGAAAGAGAUCCAGAUUUUUUGUCUGAACCCUGGAGGCAGGGGUGCCUUUGCCGAGCUGCGGGGAACCGCGGACACGAAUCAAGGAUUGCUCUUGGGAAAUCAUCUCCUUGUGCACCUUAAACUUACAAAACUUCACGCGUCGGUUGUAUCCCAACAAAAUUGGCUCGGGGCCAUGGCGGCGGCCGAGCCCAAGACCCCCACGGGGACGGCCGCGGCCCGACGCCUGGCCCGGAGCUGCUGGUCCGCGUUCUGGGACUACGAGACGCCCAAGGUGAUCGUGGUGAAGAACCGGCGCCUGGGCAUCGUGUACCGCACGGUGCAGCUGCUCAUUCUGCUCUACUUCGUGUGGUACGUGUUCAUCGUGCAAAAGAGCUACCAGGACAGGGAGACGGGCCCCGAGAGCUCCGUCAUCACCAAGGUCAAGGGCAUCACUUCGUCCGAGAACAAAGUGUGGGACGUGGAGGAGUACGUGAAACCCCCCGAGGGGGGCAGCGUGUUCAGCAUCAUCACCAGGAUCGAGGUCACCCCCUUCCAGACCCUCGGAACCUGCGCCGAGAGUAUGAGGGUCAGAAACGCCACGUGCGACUCGGACGAGGACUGCGUGGCUGGGCAGCUGGACAUGCUGGGAAACGGCCUGCGGACCGGGCGCUGCGUGCCUUAUUACCACGGGUCCUCCAAGACCUGCGAGGUGUCCGCCUGGUGCCCGGUGGAGGACGGGGCCUCAGUCAGCCAGUUUCUCGGUAAGAUGGCCCCCAAUUUCACCAUCCUCAUCAAGAACAGCAUCCACUACCCCAAAUUCCAGUUCUCCAAGGGCAACAUCGAGAACCGGAAGGAUGGCUACCUGAAACACUGCACAUUCCAUGAGGUCUCUGACCUCUACUGCCCCAUUUUCAAGCUGGGCUACAUCGUGGAGCAGGCAGGGGAAAACUUCACGCAGCUGGCACACUCGGGUGGUGUAAUUGGGAUCAUUAUCAACUGGGAUUGUGACCUGGACCUGUCGGCGUCAAAAUGCAACCCCAAAUACUCCUUCCGGAGGCUCGACCCCAAGCAUGUCCCAGCCUCAUCUGGCUACAACUUCAGGUUCGCCAAGUAUUACAAAGUAAACGGUACCACCACCCGCACACUCAUCAAAGCCUACGGGAUCCGAAUUGACGUCAUCGUGCACGGACAGGCAGGGAAGUUCAGCCUGAUUCCCACCAUCAUUAACCUGGCCACAGCGCUGACCUCUAUCGGGGUGGGCUCCUUCCUGUGCGACUGGAUCUUGCUAACGUUCAUGAACAAAAACAAGGUCUACAGCCAUAAGAAAUUUGACAAGACGCCCGAGGAUUGGCCCAGCUCUGAGCCCACUCCCACCUUCUGUCGUGCUGCACUGAAGACCUGGGCCUGUUGGGGGCCCCUGAAGUCUGUGGCCCCAGGAGCGCCCCACUCCCCAGGGCAGCAUGGCUUGGACCUUGGACCUGGGCCCUGCCCACACAUCUCAACACUGCGUCGCAGCAAAACCAGCAGCCAAAGGGCCCCGUGCAACCAGGCAGUGGGAUGACAUGAAAGGGACGGCACCUGAUCCCGGCCUGUCCAUCUUGUCCCCCAACUGCCCAGGGGCCUGUAGGGGGCAAGUCCCCACCUCCACCUUCUCCCUAGCUGUUCUCCUCCCAGGCUCUUUGCUCCUCCCCCCCACCCCCCACCCCCACCCAGACCCUUCACUCACCUCAUAGCCAGGAAAUCACACAUCCAGAAUCCAAUAAAGCUGUGACCAGACCCUCCUGGCCUCGUCUUCGGGGAGAAGCAUGUUCAGGCUCUUAAAAAGACAAACAUGCAAUGGCAGGUCUUUGCGCACGGGGUCUCUCUUUUGGUGUGCUUGGCCCUCCGUAUCGCCCCUCUAGCCAGCCUGCGUGCAGAGUGUGUGGAUGUGUCUGCUGCCCCCACGUCCAGCCAGGCUACAGUCAUGUCUGAACUGGGGGCCAGUGGAGGUGGGGGACACACAGGCUGAGAGCG